ACACGAAGAAGAAGAGAAGGUACCGCUAUCAUUACACAGAGGCUGAAAGAGAAAAAGCAAGGCGUUUUCUCAAGAGGGACAACGAGAAUUGAAUAUAAACGCUGACUGAAAUACAGUUGCAAGCUCAGAAAUAGUAUCAAUCCCUGCCCCAGUUUGGUCUGGAUAUCCCCUGGAGAGAAAUCCCAGCAAAAAUAGACAGGCCUGCGCUGCCCUCUGCCACGUGUCUCUCUCUCCUCGUCGUCUCGGAUAUCCUGCAGUCCAGAGGUGAAGGAUAUGGAUCCCAUGGAGUGUCCGCUGUGUUUGGAGCUGCUGGAGACGGACGACGCCCACUUCUUCCCCUGCACCUGCGGCUACCAGAUCUGUCGCUUCUGCUGGCACCGCAUCCGCACAGACGAGAACGGCCUCUGCCCCGCCUGCAGAAAGCCUUACCCAGAGAACCCAGCGGUCUACAACCCCCUGUCAGCGGAGGAGCUGCAGAGGAUAAAGAAUGAGAAGAAGGCCAAACAGGUGGAGAAGAAACAGAAGACGACAGAAAACAGGAAACACCUGGCCAGCGUCAGGGUGGUGCAGAGAAACCUGGUGUUUCUAGUGGGACUGUCACAGAGACUGGCCGACCCCGAG